CCUUUGAAAAGGUUUUGUCUUCUGUAGUCCUCAACUGGAUCUUGUUCUGAAAAUUCCUGAGUCAUUCAUGAUGAAGUUCCUCUUUGUGCUUGCCCUGAUUGCCGUGGCCGUUCAGGUGGCCUAUUCUGCAUCUUCCACGACAACUACAACCGCUGCUACCACUACAACCACCACCACCGAUGCCACAACCACCACAACCGCCUCCUCCACGCACAAGAAGCGUUGUUGGAAGGGCAACAACUGGUGCCACACCCGCAUCCCCAAGAGGAAGUGCAAGCACCCGAAGAGGUGCCACAAGACCGUCGUGAUUGUGACCCACAAGAAAGGUUGAAGAUGUUUUAAUAUAACUAUUGGAACUUGAGGAAGAACUAAGGAUUUUUGUUAGACAAAAUUAAUUGAAAUAAAAUAUUUUCCUAUAAUAUAA